AUGGAACCUCUGGGAGUAACAACUGUUUUCUUGGUUAUUUGUGUUUCUUGCCUUCUUUUCCUUUCAGCAUGGAGAAAGAUGUCUGGAAGCGGGAAGCUGCCUCCUGGCCCUGUUGCUUUUCCCAUCAUAGGGAACACGCUGCAACUGCAUGCGAAGAAUUUACCCCAACAUAUAGAUGAGCUCAGUGAAAAGUACGGCUCGAUUUUCACAAUAUACUUAGGCUCAGAACGGGUUGUUGUGCUAUAUGGAUAUGAGAUUAUGAAGGAAUCUCUGAUUGGUCUCGGGGAGGAGUUCAGUGGAAGAGGAAGUAUGCCAUUAUUUGAAAAAAUGGCCCAGGAACCAGGUAUUGUCUUCAGUAAUGGGGAGAGGUGGAAGAAGCUCCGUCGAUUUGCCCUCACUAAUCUGAGAAAUUUUGGGAUGGGGAAGAAAAGCAUUGAGGCGCGUAUCCAGGAGGAAACCCAUUUUUUGGUGGAAAGGCUCAGAAACACACACGGGCAACCCUUUGACCCCACCCUCUUCCUCACCCAUGCCGUCUCCAAUGUCAUCUGCUCGAUCAUCUUUGGGGACCGGUUUGACUAUGAAGAUAAGAAGUUUGUGACUUUAAUAAAUAUCAUAGAGGAAAAUGGCAAGCUCCAGCGCUCUCCCUGGACAGCGCUGUACAAUUUUUUCCCAACUCUCAUGGAUUACAUACCUGGGCCUCACCACAAGCUAUUUAAAAAUGCUCAGGAGUUCAGAAGAUUUGUUCUGGAGAGAGUGAAUAUGCACAAAGAGUCUCUGGAUCCCAGCUGCCCUCGAGACUUUAUCGAUGCUUUCUUCAUCAAAAUGGAAGAGGAGCGAAAGAAUGGCCAGUCAGACUUUAGUGUGGGAAGUUUAGUACGAAGCACAGUAGAGUUAUUUGUUGCUGGAACGGGGACAACCAGCAUCACCAUGAAAUUUGGACUCCUGAUUCUUCUGAAAUACCCAGAAAUAGAAGAGAAAGUUCAUGAAGAGAUUGACCUUGUGAUUGGCCGAAGCCGAAGCCCCUGCAUGGCGGAUCGAAGCCAGAUGCCCUACACAGAUGCUGUGAUACAUGAAAUCCAGAGAUACAUCAAUCUUGUCCCAUUAGGUUUGCCACAUGCCGUGACUAGAGAUGUUUAUCUCAAACAGUACCUUAUUCCCAAGGGCACCACGAUAUUCCCUGCACUGAAGUCAGUUCUAUAUGACAGAAGGGAAUUCCCAAACCCAGAGCAAUUUAACCCAGGACAUUUCUUGGAUGAAAAUGGUGCCUUUAAGAAAAGUGACUUCUUCAUGCCUUUUUCUGCAGGGAAGCGGAUUUGCGUAGGAGAGGGUCUGGCUCGGAUGGAGCUAUUUUUGGUACUGACAACGAUUUUGCAGAACUUUACCUUGAAACCUGUCAUUGACCCCAAAGACAUUGAUAUAACUCCAGAGUCGAGUUUUGUGUCAAAUGCACCAAAAUCAUUCCAGCUCUGUGUUCUUCCUCGAUAA